AUGGCGGGCCCUGUUCAGAAGAAACAGGCCUCGCUAACGAGCUUUUUUACCGUCAAUGGGUCGGCGAAGAAACCCGCAGCAACUGCAACGGCAGUGACAAAUAAGAACAAACGGGGCCCUGAAAUUGAUGAGGAUCAAGAAAAGGAGCCCGCGCCAUCGUCUCCACUCUCCAUUCGCGAAUCGACACGGAAACGCCCAUUGCGAGACACCAGCGGCAAUGGCAAGUUGAAACCGAGCCGCCCGGCAAAACGUGCGAGAUCGGUUGCGGGCGACGAGUCGGACGAUGGCACCUUCGAGCCAGAACAGAAGUCACCGAAGCGUCCGGCUCCCGAAGCUGAGCCACGGAGUUCAGCGUCCCGGGCGGAGCUGUACGCCUAUAAUGCGGACCGCUCAGCUCCGGGGCUGGCUGAACUUGACGAGGGCGAUGAAGGAGCUGCCGUGAAGCGGAAAAAGGAAGAGCUACAUCGCAAGUUUGUGAAGAAGCUCGGCCACCCGGACAGCCUGUCUUCAUUCAGGAGGCGCGAAGCCUUGGGCCAGAGCGGCAGCCCCGGAGCUGAUGGGGAUGACGACGAAGGCGAUGGGGAGGCGGAGGAAGAGGACGCAGCCCCUCCAACAAAGGCCAAGAAGAAGGGCGCCAAGACAGGCAAGCUGACUCCGAUGGAGAUUCAGUUCCUCGAUAUCAAGAGGAAGCACAUGGAUACUGUUUUAGUGGUCGAGGUUGGGUAUAAGUUCAGAUUCUUUGGCGAGGAUGCCCGCAUCGCUGCUAGAGAAUUGAGCAUUGUCUGCAUCAGUGGCAAGUUCAGAUACGAUGAGCACCCAUCGGAGGCACAUCUUGACCGCUUUGCUUCCGCCAGCAUUCCCGUACACCGUCUCAACGUCCACGUCAAACGCCUCGUUGCCGCAGGGCACAAGGUCGGUGUCGUCCGCCAGCUCGAAACGGCAGCGCUCAAAAAAGCCGGCGACAACCGGAACGCCCCCUUCGUCCGAAAGCUCACGAGUGUUUACACCAAAGGGACUUACAUAGACGAGACGGGCGAGCUCGAUCAAGCUGGCGAGGGCUCUGGGGGCGUGUCAGCUGGGUACUUGCUCUGCCUCACUGAAUCACCCGCGAGCGGCCUCGGCGCGGACGAAAAGGUUCACGUUGGCAUCAUUGCGGUCCAGCCUGCGACGGGCGAUAUCAUCUACGAUGACUUUGAAGAUGGAUUCAUGAGGCGGGAAAUCGAGACUCGCCUUCUUCACAUUUCUCCCUGCGAGCUUCUCAUCGUCGGUGACCUAUCCAAAGCCACGGACAAGUUGGUUCAGCAUCUCGCCGGGAGCAGCACCAACGUGUUUGGUGAUAGGACCCGUGUGGAGAGGGUCCCCAAGAGCAAGACGAUGGCUGCGGAAGCCAACUCCCACGUCACUCAGUUCUACGCCGGCAAGGCUCGUGAUGACGACGAGCGCUCGACCACUCUUCUAGAAAAGGUUCUGAAGCUGCCAGAAUCUGUGACGACCUGUCUUUCGGCCAUGAUCACCCAUCUGACUGAGUACGGCUUGGAACACAUCUUCGAUUUAACCAAAUACUUCCAGUCGUUCAGCACUCGACAGCACAUGCUGAUCAACGGCACCACGCUCGAGAGUUUGGAGGUCUACCGAAACGCCACAGACCAAUCCGAGAAGGGGAGUCUGCUGUGGGCACUGGACAAGACCCGAACCCGUCCCGGCCGGCGGUUGCUGAGGAAGUGGAUCGGCCGGCCAUUGCUGGACCGAGACCGCCUGCAGGAGCGUGUCACCGCUGUCGAGGAGUUGGUUGAGAACCGGUCCACCCUCAAGGUUGAGAAGCUAGGGGGUCUUCUGACCUCGAUUAAGGCCGACCUUGAACGCAGCCUCAUCCGCAUUUACUACGGAAAAUGCACCCGGCCAGAGCUUCUGACCACUUUGCAAACACUGCAGAGGAUCUCCAUCGAGUUCUCUCGGGUGAAGUCGCCAGCCGACACCGGCUUCACCUCCAGUGUUAUCAGUGAAGCCAUCUGCUCCCUUCCAGGAAUCGGGACCAUCGCGACCUCCUACCUUGAAAAAAUCAACCCCGAGGCUGCCCGGAAGGAUGACAAGUACAGCUUCUUCCGCGAAGACCACGAAACCGACGCUAUCAGCGACCACAAACUCGGCAUUGCCGCAGUUGAGGCCGAUCUGGACGCUCACCGCGAGGAGGCAGGCGCAAAGCUAUCGAAGAAGUCCCCCGUGACCUACGCGACUGUGGCCGGUAUCGAGUAUCUGAUCGAGGUCCCCAACACCGAUCUGAAGCGCGUUCCCGCAUCAUGGGCCAAGAUCAGCGGCACCAAAAAGCUGUCCCGCUUCCACACGCCCGAGGUCAUGCGCUUCAUCAACGAGCGCGACCAACACAAGGAAGCCCUCGCCGCAGCCUGCGACACCGCCUUCACCGACCUCCUCCAGUCCAUCGCAGCCGAAUAUCAACCCCUACGCGACGCCGUCGCCUCGCUCGCCACCCUCGACUGUCUCCUCUCCCUCGCCGACGUAGCCUCCCUCCCAGGAUACACCAAACCCACCUUCCUCCCCACCUCCGACCCCCCAUCCAUCUCCAUCACCUCCGGCCGCCACCCCAUCGCCGAACACACCCUCCCAGACGGCUACAUCCCCUUCACCACCUCCCUGCACGCCCCAUCGCCCCUCGCCCAGCUCAUCACCGGCCCCAACAUGGGCGGCAAAUCCAGCUACGUCCGCGCCGUGGCCCUCCUCGUCCUCCUCGCCCAAAUCGGCUCCUACGUCCCCGCCGACGCCAUGUCCCUCACGCUCACCGACGCCAUCUACACCCGCAUGGGCGCGCGCGACAACCUCUUCGCCGGCGAAAGCACCUUCAUGGUCGAAGUCUCCGAAACAGCCGCCAUACUGCGCGGCGCGACCCCACGCUCCCUCGUCAUCCUCGAUGAGCUCGGCCGUGGCACCUCGACCCACGACGGCGCGGCCAUUGCUCACGCCGUGCUUGAACAUGUCGCCCGCGAGACGCGUUGUUUGACGUUGUUCAUCACGCAUUACCAGAAUCUUGCGCGUGUUGCGGAUGGUCUAGGCGGCGCCGUUCGGUGCGUGCAUAUGCGUUUUGAAGCUAACAACAACAACGACGACGGAGAAGAAAAAGAAGGAGAAGAAGAAGACAUCACAAGCACCCAAGAAAUAACCUUCCUCUACGAAGUCGCCGAAGGUGUAGCCCACCGGUCCUACGGCCUCAACGUCGCCCGCCUAGCACGGAUUCCACAGCGCGUGUUGGAGGUAGCAGCACGCAAGUCACGCGAGAUGGAAGAGGGAGUUAAAUCCCGGCGGUUACGCGGGGCCGUACGCUUGCUGGAGGAUGUGAUGACGGGAGUAGGAGUAGUAGGAAACGGGGGAGGUGAUGGUGGAGUUGGUAGGGAGGAUCAGUUGGAGCAUCUGGUGUCGAGUAUUGAGCAAUUGUAA